CAUAAGACCGUGGCCUAAAGAUAUAGAUAUGAAAUGUAAUACCGUACAGCUACUGUCAUGGAGGAUUCAGCUUUCAGAAUGGAAACUGUUCAAGAAGCAGAUGUGUCCCUGUCACAGUUAAAUGAAAGUCCCUCAGGCUCCCUGGUCAUCUAUGUGAUUCCUGAGACAUCUGGGUUGCUUCCUGAUGGUAUUAAUGUCUACAUGGGAAUUUACAGAACUGCCAUUCUGAGAACCUCCUUACACAAAGAGGCAAAGAUGGAAGAACUGCUCUCAGUAAUUGGGCCCAAGAUCCUGCGAAUCAUUCAGACUGUGACCUUCACCAAUAAUGACAUUAAAGCUUCCAUGUCAGACCGUGUUCCCACUGGAAAAUUCACAAAAGAAAGCUUAGCUGACAGUAUGCGGGCAUUCAAGUCAAGUCCAGGUUAUGAAAUCACCUUUAGUCUGCUGAACCCUGAUCCCAAGUCUCAUGACCUGCAUUGGGAUAUUGAGGAGGCCGUAGACAAAUACAUACAGCCUUUUUUGGACAAGCUUUCUGGUGUAGCCAACUUCUCUGUUGAUUCUCAGAUCCUGUACUAUGCUAUCCUUGGUGUAACUCCACGCUAUGACAAGACUAUCUCAAGCUACACACUGAGCGCAGAAAGCCUACCCCAUGUGAUCAAUCCUGUUGAAGCUAGACUGGGUUCAAAUGCAGCAUCCUCCAAUCCUGUGCUUAAUUUUCUGCUCUACGUUCCUGAUUAUCCUCACUGCCCACUCUACAUCAAAGAUCAAAAUGGAGCAACAGUGCAGAGUAAUGCUUUCCAUAGCCCACGCUGGGGUGGUAUCAUGGUUUAUAAUGUGAAUGAAAAGUAUUCGGACAACAAUCGCUUUCCUGUCCAGGUCAAUAUUGAUACAGUGCGUGUGAUGGAAGUGUUCCUCGCUCAGCUACGGCUGCUCUUGGGUGUACAACUCGCCUACGUCCCAGAUGACUUCCUCAUGGAGAGUCCUGCAAAUCAGGGCCUGACUGACUGGGAGCUCGACCGAUUUCUGUGGUUACGCACUUUAGAAAAUAUUGCAACAGCAACGACGACACAAACCUCUCUGGCCCAGCUUCUUGAUGAGAUUGGAAACAUUGUCAUCCAUGAUAAAAUCGCAUCACAGGUCUAUAAUGCUGUGAUCGCCAUACAGGCUGCCAUUGCUGAGCUGGAGGCUGGCAACCUUGGCUUUGCCUUUCAGUCAAGCAAGGAAGCGAUUCUGGCCUCCGAGAAAGCAUUCUUUGACCCGUCACUUCUACACCUCCUGUACUUUCCAGAUGACCAAAAAUUUGCCAUCUAUAUACCUUUGUUCUUACCAAUGUCGGUGCCCAUCUUGCUAUCCCUCCUGAAGAUUGCUAAAGAAUUCAGAGAGAGAAGGAACAUGGCAAAGAAAAAAGACUAAGUAUUGAUGGAUUCAUCACUUGUGACUGAAAAUACAGUACUUCCUGAAGGAAACAAUUAUAUAUGGAAAGAUUUCUGCAGUGGUUUAUGGUCAUGUCAGUUCCAGUAACAUCUGGAGUUGUUAUCAAUGUUCAAAGAUUUUGCAGAUGUUGCACUGGCUGAGGAAUUUGAGUCUGAUAUGUUGCUAAAAUGAAGACUAUCACUUUGACAUUGCAAAGAUGUAAAGUUUAUUUAUUUAAAUGUGGAAUACAAUAAACAAUUAAAUUUUCACUGAUGACAAUGAAGAUGGUUUCCUUGUACCUUCAAAAUGUUAAUCUCCUUGCAAGUACCUUCAAAUGAUCAAAUAUAAAAACAAGAAGGAACGAAAUAUUGGGGUGGACUUCAAACAUUUUCUAAAGUCAUUCUGGACUUUGAAUUAAGUGUUUAGCAUCAGGUAAAAGGAACCAGGAGUUAAAAGUAUUAAGUCGAAUACAUUGGGCAAUUUCACUCAAUUAAAAGUGUAAUCAACUUACCUGGGGGCCAGGGAAGAAGAGAGGAUAGCACUGGUUAUACAUGGUGACCCUGGCAGGGGGCCUGAUGGCACCACACUAGACUACAUGGGAAGGAAUGUUUGCGCUCUCACUGCUGCCCAGCACAGUCAGCUUUAUGGGAAAUGUGGUGCCAAUAAAAAAAAAAAUGUAAAUGUGGAAGCACUGUAAUGUUUUAAAUAAAAAUCAACUACUUUAA